AUGCGCACAUCUGUUCUGGUUGCCGCCUCGGCCGGCACGAUCAUCACCGGCCUGCUCGCCUACGCCGUGUACUUUGAUCACAAGCGACAGACCGACCCCGAGUUCCGCAAGUCCUUGAAGCGGAACAACCGCAAGCUCGCCAAGGCUGUCCAGGAAGAGCAGGCAGCCCACGGUGCUGCCCAGCGUGAUUCCAUCAAGCAGGCUGUGCAACGCGCCAAGGAGGAGGGCUUCCCCGCCGACCUGGAGGAGAAGGAGUCCUACUUCAUGAACCAGGUUGCCAAGGGCGAGGGCCUUUGUGCUGAGGGCACUGAUAACAUCGAGGCUGCUCUUGCCUUCUACAAGGCCCUCAAGGUCUACCCCCAGCCCAAGGAUCUGAUCUCGAUCUACGAUAAGACUGUUCCCAAGGAGUGCCUGGAGAUUCUGGCUGAGAUGGUCGCCAUGGAUACUACCCUGAACCUGGGCGGCUCGUUCACUGGCGAAGGCCCCGCUGCCGGUGCCGAUAGUCACGGUGUUGAGUAA